UGAGGGGUACAACAAGGGAGGAUGCUGCUGGCCAGGUCUCUAUCCUUGAUACGUAUAUCUCUACCCUCUCCCUGUCCCCUUGAGGUUUUCUGUUCUUCAGCGAGCAGAGGGAGCAAGCGAAGUAACUUCUCCUGAUAUGGUUUGUUACUAUGCCAAGGAAAAGGGCGUAGGGUGCUUAGUCUGCAGCCAUAAGCUUUUCUUCACUCUCACACAAAACGUCCCUUCUAUAUGGAACACAAACUUCAUCAGGCAGUCUGCAGCCAUAGGCUUUUCUUCACUCUCGCACAAAACGUCCCUUCUAUAUGGAACACAAACUUCCAUCCUCGCCUGACACAAGUUACAGUUCAUCAGUAAUUUCCGAAUGACUUGGAAAAAGCAUGCAACAGUGUUUCCGAAUGACUUAGAAUAGGUAUGCAACUAAAUUGAAUUAGGAUUCGCUGUUCUUCAUUUAUUUGCAUGGAUUUAAAUUGCAUGUGUAUCAGUAAAAAAUGGAUUGGUGAAACCUUUUGAUAAUUUUCUAAUGAUACUUUUAGAUUCUAAAUAUUAAUUCCAGUAGUACACAUUCUGAAUGUUCACUUGCUGGUAUUGGAAGUAUUUUCUUAGAAGUUUCGGGAUUUGAGAAACUCAACGAACUGAGACAAACUGGAGAUGUAAAGCUAUUUUUUUUAAUGUUUUGUGGAAGAGCCUUAGAAAUAUGGCUGAUAAUGUUCACACUUGUGAACUGUGUGGCAAAACAUUUUCACGAUUGUGCAAGCUAAAGAGGCACACACAUGUCCAUAUGACAGAUGAAGGUCAAUUAUUUAGGGAUGAAUUUGCACAAUUGCCAGAUUUCAUUGAUACCCAGCAGUAUGAGAAGAUGAAUCCCAGUUUAUGUAUGUUUAGUAAUAAAGGUAUUAGUGAAGAUAACCAGAAAAAUGAUUGUCAGGUCUUUCAUAAAGACGAAAAAACAAGGGAAUCUUACAAAGAAAGCAUUGCUAAUUUAAUUACUGAAGAGGUGCAAGUAUUAGUUGAUGGUAAACUUUAUUACGAAUGCCAGGUUUGCAAACAGAGAUUAACAAACAAAUUUUCCCUUAAGAAUCACUUAAGAACGCAUACUGGAGAAAGACCUUAUAAAUGCAAGGAUUGCGAGAAAACUUAUACAUUUUACCAGUGUCUUUGGAAUCACUCAAGAAAACACACAGGGGAAAAACGUUACAAAUGUAAUUAUUGCCAGAAAUGCUUUGUGUAUUACCAGAGUCUUUGGAAUCAUAAAAAGUUUCAGUUAUGUAAAGUGCCAUGUGUGUGUGGCAUUUGCGGUGUUAAGUGUGCAUAUUUUUGCCAACUCAAGGCUCAUGUAAAGCAACACAUGGAUGAAGAUUCAUACACAAACAAUGAAAUAAUAAAUGGUGCAAAUUUGAAAGUAUAUGGUCGGAUCGACUUUGACGAGAAGUUAUUUAAGUGCAAUGUUUGUGAGAGAAGAUUCAGUACCAACUCAUCUCUUGAGAGUCAUAAAAUGCAGCAUUCUAGUAACAGACCAGAUCCAUCUAAAAUCAGUCAAGUUAUGACAGAUUCACCAAUAAUUGAAGGACAAUUAGUAAUGGUAGAUGAUGGGGAUCAUAGGCAAUAUAAUAAGGGAUAUAAGCAAUGUGAUACCUGUAAGAAGACAUACGUGUACACAAAAUGUUUCAUUAACCAUUUAAAAACUCAUGAAAAUAAAACAUUUAAGUGUCAUGUUUGUGAAAAGAGUUUUACAAAACUUAGAGAUUUGAAGAUUCACUCUAGAGUUCAUACAAGUGAAAAGCCUUAUGUAUGUUUGGUGUGUGAUAAAUCAUUCAUUGAAUACUGUGAUCUUUUGAAGCAUAAGAAAGUGCAUGCAAGUAAAAAAACAUUCAAAUGCGGCGAGUGUGGCAAAUGUUUUCUACGUUCAUUUAAUCUGAAGAGUCAUGAACGAGUACAUUCAGUUAGAAAUACAUACAAAAUAAGAAAACACAGAAAGAGACCAAAGUGCCACAGUGAACUACAAAACAACAAGAACAUACCAACACAAGUGAAGUCUGAAUGUACGCUCUGCACAGAAAGUUUUGCAAACUCAAACAAACUAACUCUGCAUUGCAAAAUGGCACACGGGGACAUAAUUGAGAAAUCUAGGAAUAAAGUAUAUAAAUGUGCAGUGUGUGGGGCAGUUUUUGUUUCAAAAGAUGACAUUAUGAAUCACCAAAAAUGUAUAGAUUCCAAUAUUUGUGACAAGCAAUUUCAAAUGAGAGACGGAAAAGAAUUACCUAGCACUGAAGUCACUACCGAACUUGCAUCAUCUCGAGAGAAUUGUGUAGAUACAUUUCCUAAUGGGGAUGUAUAUAACUGUACGGAACAUUUUGUGAAUAAUGACAGUCACCCCAUGGAACUUAUUGUGAAUGGUGACAGUCACGACAUGGAACAUGUUGUGGAUGGUGACAGUCACGACGUGGAACAUGUUGUGAAUGGUGACAGUCACGACGUGGAACAUGUUGUGAAUGGUGACAGUCACGACGUGGAACAUGUUGUGAAUGGUGACAGUCACGACGUGGAACAUGUUGUGAAUGGUGACAGUCACGACGUGGAACAUGUUGUGAAUGGUGACAGUCACGACGUGGAAUAUACUAUGAAUGGUGACAGUCAUGAUAUUGAACGUAUUGUGAAUGGUGACAAUCACCGCGUGGCAUAUACAAAUAAUGACAGUCACUAUAUUGAACAUUUUGUGAAUAAUGACUGUCACCGCAUUGAACAUUCUGUGAAUAAUGACUGUCACCGCAUUGAACAUUCUGUGAAUAAUGACUGUUACCACAUUGAACAUUCUGUGAAUAAUGACAGUCAACGCAUUGAACAUUCUGUGAAUAAUGACUGUCACCGCAUUGAUCAUUCUGUGAAUAAUGACAGUCACUAUAUUGAACAUUUUGUGAAUAAUGACUGUCACCGCAUAGAAUAUUACGUGAAUAAUGACGGUUACCACACGGAAUACGUGAAUAAUGAUGGUCACUACAUGGAUUAUGUGAAUAAUGUUGGCCACCGCAUGGAUUAUGUGAAUAAUGUUGGCCACCGCAUGGAUUAUGUGAAUAAUGUUGGCCACUGCAUGGAUUAUGUGAAUAAUGUUGGCCACCGCAUGGAUUAUGUGAAUAAUGUUGGCCACCGCAUGGAUUAUGUGAAUAAUGAUGGUCACUGCAUGGAUUAUGUUAAUAAUGUUGGCCACUGCAUGGAUUAUGUGAAUAAUGUUGGCCACCGCAUGGAUUAUGUGAAUAAUGUUGGCCACCGCAUGGAUUAUGUGAAUAAUGUUGGCCACCGCAUGGAGAAUGUGAAUAAUGAUGGUCACCGCAUGGAUUAUGUGAAUAAUGUUGGCCACUGCAUGGAUUAUGUGAAUAAUGUUGGCCACCACAUGGAUUAUGUGAAUAAUGUUGGCCACCACAUGGAUAAUGUGAAUAAUGAUGGUCACCGCAUGGAUUAUGUGAAUAAUGUUGGCCACCGCAUGGAUUAUGUGAAUAAUGUUGGCCACUGCAUGGAUUAUGUGAAUAAUGUUGGCCACCGCAUGGAGAAUGAAUAAUGUUGGCCACCGCAUGGAUUAUGUGAAUAAUGUUGGCCACUGCAUGGAGUAUGUGAAUAAUGACGGUCAUCACAUGGAGUAUGUGAAUAAUGACGGUCAUCACAUGGAGUAUGUGAAUAAUGACGGUCAUCACAUGAAGUAUGUGAAUAAUGACGGUCAUCGCAUGGCACACUUUGUGAGUAAUGACAGUCACCAAAUGGAGCAAUUUGUUAAUAAUGGCAAUCAUGAUGUGGAGCAUUUUUGUAUAGGACAUUUUGUUAAGAAUAACAGUAUUCAGUGUAGUGUAUGCGGUCAAGUUUUCUCCACAUUAACUGCAUGGGUCAUGUAAUGGCAUGGGUCAUGUAAUGGCAUGGGUCAUGUAAUGGCUCAUAUCAAAUUUGUGUAGGUGAAAAUUUUUGGCCCUUUUUCCAAUUUGUUUAUACACACCCUACGCGGGUGCAUAUUUGCUACAAUUAACUAUCUAAUACCAAAAUAAUCUAUGAAUAUACCAAGUAUGUACUGAAUUUCACACAUAAGUAACUUGAAUUUACUGGACAGUGAGUGGAAUUUCCGUAGUAUUUGAGUGAUGAUUUGCAAGUUCGCUCCUGAGUUUAUCAUAAUGUAAUAACUUUGGCGAAAAUUUUAUAAGCCAGUAGUAAGCAAAUUUGUAUGACAGUAUAAUAAUUGUUGCAUAUAUUAGUGUGAAAUUUUUAAAUUAAAUUUAUUAAAAUUUUAAUGAAGAAAACCUAUUACAAAAAAAAGUUAGUUAGUUAAAGAUUAGCCGGUAUUCUCCCAGCCCGAGCCUUUUCCAAGUGGUGGCCCGGCCUUGGCUUCCUCUUUAGGGAGUGUCUGAGACCUAAGUCUCCCAUGGGAGGAGGCACAAGUACCUCCUCAUCUUUGGGACCAACUGUCCCCAGGCCUAGCCACAAGCUAGGCCUCUCUGGUCUGCUAUCCCCGCCCCAAGGGGGCUAAUGGGAAUGACAAUCUUAUGAGCUAAAGGCUCGGGCUCAGGCACCUACCCUACCCUAGAAGGGUUAGGCAUGGUGUCGAUGCACAAAAAAAAAAAAGUAAUGUUAAUUCUUGAAGUUUAUGAAAAAAAUGUAUUCUUUAUUUCCAUAAAUAUCUUUGUUAAUUUUUAUUAUGUUGUGUUGCUUUUUAAUUUAUAUAUACUAUGCUUUGUUCUUUAAAGUGGUGUUACUUUUUAAAAUGGAUUUUUAUAUUAUUGAAUAAUUUUCUGAAUGGUUUUCAUUAUUAUUAUUCUGAGUGAAGCAGAAAACUCAUACUUUAAUUCUAAAUUAAGGCAAAUACAUUUUUGGCAGAUUUUUUUCAAUAAUGCAAGUGUUUUUAUUAUUACUGACUUAAGAAAUCGUAAUGACACGAUUGCAAAUAAACCAUACCCCCGGCCGGGAUUAAACCCGCGGUCAUAGAGUCUCAAAACUCCAGACCGUCGCGUUAGCCACUAGACCAG